CGUCAUCGACGACCGACCCUAGCAGACGGACACCGAAAAUCGUCCCUUUUUUUCGCUGUUUUAGGCGUUUUUUUCGCUUUUCGGUCGUUUUUUCGGCGACAAAAAGCUCCCCGAGGAUCCUUCGCUUCGCUCUGGAGGUACGGAGAAGGAGAAAGAGAAGAAGGAGAAAGAGGAGGAGACAAAACGCGAGGAUUUGGCCAGCAGCCCCUGUCUCCCCCCCCCCCCCCCUCCCUAUUUCCUCCUUGCUCACUACCCUUCCUCUUUCUUCUCUCUCCCCCCCCCCCCCCUCUCCUCCCUUUAGCAAAACGAAGGGAGAAGAAAAGAGGGGAAGAAAAAAAGGAAAAAGAGAGAGAGAGAAAGGAGGAGAAACGAAGAGCAAGAAGAGGCAGAGGUGCAUAAGGGGAGACCGAUGAAAGAGGAAUAAGAGGAGGAAAGAAGAGAGAAGAGAAAAGGAUAGAGGAAGAGAGGAGAGAAGGAAAGGAAGAAGACACGGCGACUGAAGACGGACACAGAUGACGACAAGAUAAGAAAGAGGGAGAAGAGAGAAAAAGAGAAGAAAAGAGAAGAAAAGAGAAGAAGAGAGGAGAGAAAACCAAAGAAGCAAGAGAGAGAGAGAGAGAGAGGAACAGGGGGAAUAGAGAGAGAGUAAAAAAAAGAAAAAGAGAAGAAGAGAAGAGAGAAAACCGAAGAAACAAGAGAGAGAGAGAGAGAGAGAAAGAGAGCGAAACGCGACCGGCUGAUUGAUGAACAGGACCGUCUAGCCUCUCCUCCUCCUCCUCCUCCCCCCCCCCCCCCCCCCAGAGAGAGAGAGAGAGAGACCAAGAGCCAUGGACCGGGACCUCAGUGAGGGAACGAUGCAGUCGGUCGCCCUCAACAACGACACCUCCUCCCCUCCACUUCCCCCCCACCCCCCCUCCAAUGGUGCGGGGGUAGGUGGGGGCCUCCCCUACGCCACGGCCGCCCCCCCCCUCGUCAUCGGCCACCACGUCGGGCCCCCCUCCUCCUCCUCCCCCUCCUCCCCCUCCCUGCCCAACGCCCUUCCUUCCUCGCCCCAGGCGGGGGGAGGGGGGGGACGAGUCAGGCCCACCUCCCUCCCCCAGUACCCUCACGGGGGAGGAGGGGGAGGAGGAGGGGGUGGCGGGGGGGGCGGCAUGACAUACGCCGGGGGUCCCAGUGCCAGCGGCGUCGCCACGUCGCCUUCUGCUCAGAGCCCAGCUCAAAUGUCGCCCGUGCCGCUGGGAACGACCCCGACGAGCCCCGGAGGAGGGAGCGAGAACGGAGGUGCUGUUGUGAGGUCAUCGGCCACGUCGGCCAGCAAGAUGGAGUCUCUGCGGACCUGGUCCAUCUCGACCUACAAGUGCACCAAGCAACUCAUCUCGGAGAGGCUCGGGAAGUCGUCCAGGACAGUCGACACAGAGUUGGAGGGCCAGAUCGAGUCCCUCCGCGACACCCAGCGGAAGUACUCCCAUAUCCUGCGUCUGGCCAGGGCCCUCUCGUCGCAUUUCUACCACGUCGUCCAGACUCAGCAGCAACUGGGUGACGCCUUUGCAGACCUCGCACAGGUGAGAGAGAGAGAGAGAGAGAGAGAGAGAGAGAGAGAGAGA